CCAGACCGAGGCGCUCCGGCGGGCUUGAGGGGCGGCGGGCGGCGGGCGGCGGGCGGCGGGCGGCGGGCGGCGGGCGGCGUGUUGGCGGGUCGGCAGCUGCUGGGCUGCUUCGCUAUCUUGAGAAAGCCCGUCCGCCGAGGUGGAGCGAAGCUCUCUCUCCACCGCCGCCCUUUCUGUCCUCGGAGCUCUCUUGGGAAACCUCACAUUUCCCUGGAGUCGGGAGCCCGAGGGGCGUGCUCGGCCCUCCUUUUCCUGCUUCUCCUCUUCAGUCCGCGCCGGGCGCGGCUGCCGGCCGGGCCAGCACCCAGCGUGUGGAACUGCAUCCCGUAGCCCCAAUGCGGGUGCGAGAAGAGCUGAGUGGGUGCCACUGGUUGGAGCUGUGCAGGUGUUCCCCGGUGGCAAGUGCGGCCACAGCACCGGGCGCUUUUAAGUUCUUUGCGCGCAAGUUGCAAGGACGGUGUGCGAGUCUGGUAUAAUUUGGCAUCCUGAGAAUCUGUCUUAGGAAGAAGGAAGUGGAAAAUACCCUUGAAAAAAAGAAAGCUAAGACAAAAAGGAAGCCAGACUUACUUUUACAUGGUCAACUGCUCACUUACCAAUAUGGAUACUUUUCCCACUAUUUUUCCUCCUGGUGGAGACAGCGGGGUGACAGAUUCUCAAUCUGAGUUCCAAAAAAUGUUAAUUGAUGAAAGGUUACGAUGUGCACGUCAUAAAACUAACUAUCAGACUCUUAAAGCUGAACACACAAGAUUGCAAGAUGAGUACAUAAAGUCACGACAUGAGCUAAAGCGCCUGUUAAAUGAAAAGAAGACUGACCAGGAAAAAUUUCAGCUGCUGCUUGAAGAACUAAGAGGGGAAUUAGUAGAGAAAACUAAAGACUUAGAAGAAAUGAAACUGCAGGUAUUAACUCCACAAAAGUUGGAAUUGUUACAAGCCCAAAUACAACAAGAAUUAGAAACUCCAAUGAGAGAACGUUUUAGGAAUCUGGAUGAAGAAGUGGAAAAGUAUAGAACUGAAUAUAAUAAGCUUCGCUAUGAACAUACAUUUCUCAAAUCAGAAUUUGAACACCAGAAAGAAGAAUUUGCACGUAUUUUAGAAGAAGAAAAAAUAAAAUAUGAAUCAGAGGUUGCAAGCCUGGAGAAAGAUAAAGAAGAACUACUUAAUCAACUGAUUAAGGUUGAUCCCCCAGGAGAAAGCAAACGAACGGAGCUACUUGCUCGAGAGAAUGUCCAUUUGUGUCAGAAAUUAAAAGGUUUAGAGGCUGAAGUAGCAGAAUUAAGGGCUGAAAAAGAGAAUUCUGGUGCUCAGGUAGAAAAUGCCCAAAGAAUUCAGGUGCGGCAGUUGGCUGAGAUGCAGGCUACAGUCAGAUCCCUGGAGGCUGAAAAGCAGUCAGCUAAACUACAGGCUGAACGCUUGGAAAAAGAGCUACAAUCAAGCAGUGAACAAAAUACUGUUCUAAUCAGUAAAUUGCAUAAAGCUGAGCGGGAAAUAAAUACGUUGACCAGUAAAGUAAAAGAACUUAAACAUUCAAACAAACUAGAAAUAACAGACAUCAAACUGGAGGCAGCAAGAGCUAAGAGUGAGCUAGAAAGAGAAAGGAAUAAGAUUCAGAGUGAACUGGAUGGAUUACAGUCAGACAAUGAAAUUCUCAAGUCGGCUGUUGAACACCACAAAGCUCUCCUAGUAGAAAAGGAUCGUGAAUUAAUACGUAAAGUACAAGCUGCCAAGGAAGAAGGUUAUCAAAAACUUGUGGUAUUACAAGAUGAAAAGAUAGAACUUGAGAACAGAUUAGCGGAUUUAGAGAAAAUGAAAGUGGAACAUGAUGUCUGGAGGCAAUCUGAAAAGGAUCAGUGUGAAGAGAAAUUGCGGGCUUCACAGAUGGCAGAAGAGUUGGCCAGAAGGGAACUUCAGAGUAUUAGGUUAAAACUUCAACAACAAAUUGGGAAUAUUGAAAAUGCAGAGAAAGAAAAAAAUGAAAAUUCUGACCUGAAACAGCAAAUCAGUAGUUUGCAGAGCCAAGUGACCUCGCUUGCACAGUCAGAGAAUGAGUUGCUGAAUUCAAACCAAAUGCUGAAGGAAAUGGUGGAGAGGUUAAAACAAGAAUGCCGAAAUUUAAGAAGCCAAGCUGAAAAAGCACAACUAGAAGUUGAAAAGACUUUGGAAGAGAAACAGAUACAGUGGUUAGAAGAAAAGCAUAAGCUUCAGGAACGUAUCACUGACAGAGAAGAAAAGUAUAAUCAAGCUAAAGAAAAACUGCAGCGAGCUGCAAUUGCCCAGAAAAAGAGAAAAUCUCUUCAUGAAAACAAAUUGAAGAGACUGCAGGAGAAAGUAGAAGUCUUAGAGGCAAAGAGAGAAGAAUUAGAAACAGAAAAUCAGGUGUUAAAUAGGAAUUCUGCUGGAAUAACUUCACGUCAACAAGGCACAGCUCAAGUCUGCCAAACUAAGUGGAAUGUUCAUUAUCCAGAAGUCUUCAGGAUCAAAAAGUCCAGCUGCUAUGGUUUUUUGUUUGGAUGUUUACAAGAAAGAAUGCUUCAGACUCACAGGAGUACAUAGAAGAAAUACUAAAGCUAGGCCUUACCUUCCCGAGUUGCUGCUCUGUGAGAGAAAAUGCGUCCAUGAAUGCCUGGGCAAUCACAGAUAAACAGCCGUCUAUGUGUGGUGUCUUCUUAAUGUCAAAGACAAACUGAGGGUUCUUCAGGAUGUUUACCCAGAAGCGAAGAGGAAGGCUGUUGAAGAGAAAUCUCUUUUCAGAUACAGCCCUUCGUAGGAGGCAGAUGCUCUCUUUAUCACAGUUUGUAAAUGGGUGUUUUUGCCCUUGUUAUUGAAGUAUGCAAGUCUGCUUUGCCAAAUAUACCAAGUGACAGAUGGCAGCAUCACUCAGAACAAGAAAGGGUUAAACAGACAAGCGCUGCUGGAUGGGAGGACUAGAAGAGGAGAAACGCGAAAGUGACCACUGACGAGAAUUUUCUCCACAUAGUUUUCAAUUGUGUUAGAUGAUGGCUACCCAUGAAAACAUUUCAUCAUGUCUCCAGACCUUCACCUCUUCUCACCCCCUCUAAGUGCUACAUCCUGGCGUAAGGCACCGUCGCCUCUCACCUGGGUUAUUAGCUCCCUAGGUCCCCACAGUUAAUUCUCCCACAACUACCAGCAAUCUUCUUAACCUGGUGUCAGAUCAUGUCUCUCCUCUACUCAAAACCCUCUGUGUUCUCCCUCCGCCUGGGGAUAAAGCCACUGCAUGGUCUGGGCCCAGGCCCCCAUCUGCUACUUUUCCCCUUAUUCCUUCUAACUCCACCAUUGGCCUCUUCACUGUUCAUGCAUACCAGGCAAGUGUGUGCCUCAGAGGACUUUUGAUUUUGUUGUCCAUCUUCCAGACAUUAUCUUCAACCAGACAGUCUCAUGGUUUAUGCCCUCACCUCUUUCAAGACCUGACUUGAAUAUCCUCUCCGUGAGGCCUCCUCUGACCACUCUGCCCUAUUACUCUCUAUCCUCCUUUCCCACCUUGUCUGCUGUACUAACCUAAUAUCCUAUAAAUCACCUAUUUAUGAUCUCUUCCACCCAUUAGAAUGCAAGCUCUGUGUGAACAUGGAUUUUUGUCUAUUCAGUUCAUUGCUAUAUUUCCACUACCUAACAGUGCUUGGCACAGAGUAGGUACUCAAAUAUUUGAAUAUGAACUUGGGAAUCAUUCAGAGCCCUUCCAUUAUUAUCUCUUUCUCAGCUCUGGCCUAGCAAACUACCUGCAUCAUAAAGCCGUUGGGCCUCUCCAUAGCUCUACUCUCCUGACUACUGCCCCUGGUCAGAUGCCACAAUCUUCCCAGUGAAAUGGGUGCUUGCAGCACCCAAGCUUGGUGUGGGAGUAGCAGGACCAGGGAAUCAGAGCCUAGAGCACAGGAUGGCAGUGAGGCCUGUGUAGAUAGUUGGGACAGACCUGGAUUAAAUGGGAGAAGAUGAGACCUAGAGCUCUGGAACUUCAGCUUUUAAUAUUUAUUUAAAUUGGUCUGCCCACCCUCAGUGCUCAGGAGGGCUUGAGAUUGCAUUGGAAACUUCUAUUACACCUUAACACCGAGUCUUAUUCACAGCUCACGCACAAAGUAUUUCAAAUAGAGGUAAUGAGCCAUGUUUCUUUACUGAGAAGAAGUUGAGAAGAGACCCAGAUGCCUUGCCUUAGCUUUAGAUAAAAUGUUAGAAAACAAAACACAGUCCUUUGGCAAAUUCUCAUGGUAUCUAAACACUGCACUUGAUCACAUAAAAACAGAAAUGUCCAUGCAGAAUCAGAGUAUAGACAGCUUGGUAACUGCAAAAUGAUUAAGUACUCUGUAAUGGAAAACUGUAUAAUAAAACCACAAAAUACUGAUUUCUUUUGCUGGUCAAGCUAAAUUUAACAUUCCACAUAAGGUAUUUUUCACGCAUUAAAGAUAAUAAAGUUUGUUUAUUUUAUCCUAAAGAAUAGGAUCUCAGCAUAGGAAGGGUUUGUUUCUUAUUUAAAAAUAGUAACAGAGGAAGAAUCUGCUCUGACCUGAUAGCUUACCACGCCAAAAGAUUCUGAUCUAGGGAUAAUGAAUCCUGUGACUAUCCAUGCCCUCCUUUCAGUUAAGAUUCUGUCCCAGAUUCUGAAAAUAGUAAUCACCUACUGUUUGUUCCUACCUGUUUGUUUUCCAAAUAUGUACGACAUCAGGAUCUGUGAUUUUUUUGUUUUCAGCUUGGGCAUCCAAAAAGUCAAAAAAGUAUUUUAUAGCAAAUGGGGCUUUGCUGUUGGGUAAACUCCAAAUGCUUCUAAAAAGUUUCUCAAGCACAGAAUGAAUUGCCACCUGAAAGAGAACAUCAGACUUGGGAGAUUUAAAAAAAAAUUUUUUUUUUGAAUACAAUGGAAAAUGAAAUCCCAGUUCAGAGAAAAUGAUGUAUAUAAGAGAAAAUAUGUCAAAUUAUCAAAUGAGGCCAACACUCACAGUAUGGGACAAGGGCCCUGAAAAUCUAUGCCCAGGUUUACAUUUGGUUCAUCAGCUUCUUGCUGAUAACAAGACUGUUUAGUCAACAGAGAGGAUAUCUUAGAAAAAUCUCUAGCAGUUGAAAUGUCAAUUGUAGGGCUGUAUACAGAAACCAAGAUGCCACGGAUGUUUAGCUUUUAUUGGUUAUGUUCAGCAUGGAAAAACUCAACGUUGCUCAGUUCCCUGAAUUUUUUCGUUGCAUGUAUUUCCAUUAUAGGUUUUUAUUAUGUACUUUCCAAAAUAUUUGAGUCUUUUACAAAAGCCAAAUAGUCAGAGCUCUCUGGGACAGAGGAGAAAAUCAAGAGCUCUGGCUGGCCCCUGUACACUAAACAAAUCUACUGAGCUCUAAGCAUACCCUCUGCUAUAAUCUGAAGAUGCAUGCCCAUCAGGAGACCAGGGCCAGGUGUAGAUAAUAGCAUUUAUAUUGCUAGUCAUUUCAGGAAAAAAAAAAGUAUCACCACAGACUUCUGUUAAUCCCACUACAAGCCAGAUAAAGUAAAAUUUGCUUCUGAUUUGGUAUUCCAUCGGCUUUUACAUCUGACAUUUUUACAGAUGAACAGCAUCCUUAACUUUAAAAUGGGGAAAAAAAAAAAGAUUUACUAGGUUUAUAGUCACUGACCCCACCCUUCAUUUAUUUGCAAUUCAGAGGGAGUUUUAUUGCUCAUCUAUAAUAACAAGUAAACAAAAAAGUAAUUAUGCCAUCAACCUAAAAAAUAACAAUAGUGAAAUGGUAGGUAAAGGGAUUGGGAACAAUAUUAAAUCCCUGAUUGAAGACACAACAGUCAAAAUUUGUAAAGUACUGUUAUCUUCGUCAUUUAUAAAAAGAGGGUAGGAAGUGUUUACAAUUUAAACUUUCAUUUUGCUUUGCUAGAAGGCACAAGGGAUUUGUAACAUUUUCACACUUCAGUGGAAAUUAAGUCAAACACAUCAUACACCCCCAAGGUAGCCAUAAAAGCACUCCCAGAACAGUAAGUGUACCUUGGUCGACAGCAGCUUUGUCAGAUACAUUUCUUUUACUUUGAACUUGUGUUUUCCUCGAUGUCUUUUUCCUUGCACAUCUUGGAAUGCUUCGGAAUCUGGUAAAAUCUAACGGGAAGACAGUAGAAGCGUUACCCACGGAGACCGUUCGGGCUACAGAAGGCAUCCAAUUCAGGGGCAAGCACAAGAAAGCCUGAACUCACCAAAUGGCAGUGGUCUUCUGAGUAUUCCACAUCUGAACACCAGAGAAAGGGAGAGAAAACAGUCUAUUAAAAAAACAACCACGGGCUAAUUGGCCUUCUCAUAAAAUGCCCCAUUUGUGCUAUGAACAGAAGAGGUUACUCGAGCUCUUCCACUUGAGCUCUUCAUAGCUACAUUUUUUUUUCACCCUGCUGCGUGUUAAGAUCUUAACAACGUGAAGACAGAAUGGGCCAGGGCCUGGAGUAGGAAGCAGGUUUGCUGGGGGUGGGGUAGGAGAGGUUCAAGCCUUAUUAACAAAUGCACCCGGGGCACCUAUUGAGUGCCAGGGGCUCCCAGGCAAAAGGUAGUGAUAAGACAGACCUAGUUCCCUUCAAUGGCGUUUACAUCCUAGCCGAUGAGAAACUUUCUAUGACUAAUUAUACAGUUAUUUACCUGGAAUUGUGAUAAGGCUUAUGAAGAAGUAUAUGCUAAGAAAGUAACUAACGAGGGUCCAACCUACUCUGGGAGGUUUCUCAGAGGAAGGGAUGUUGGAGCUGAACUUAAUGACUGGAGUUAGCCAGGCAAAUGGAGGAGACCCUAAGGCGGGAAGAACUGACGCCCUCCUGGGAUCCAAAAGAAGGGCAAUGAGUUGGAGCUCCCAGAGCAAGUGCGAGAGUAGCACAGAGUGAGGACAGCCCUGAAAGCAAUGUGGCAGUAAA